CAACGAUAAAGGUACAAGUUAGAGUUGUACCAUAAGUGAAUUUGAUCUUUAUGUUGUGGUACAACUUUAGUUUGUACCAUAAAAGGAUUUUACAAAAGAGUAUAGGAAAAAACUUCAAAUUGUACCAUAAAGGCAAAAACUAAAAUACAAAUGCUUUAAAGCAUUGUAAAAUUCCUCUUUGCUUUGAUGUAAUUGUUUGUUAAGUUAUUUGUUACAAAGUUAUUGUUUCAUGAACUUGGGUGGAAUAAGCUUUCCAAUCAAAAUCUGAAACUCUAAUAGAUAAUGACGAUGUGAUGAUAUCGUGUGUCCAUAUAUGUGUGAUUGGUUGUGUGAAACACCUUUUUUUCUAAUAGAUAAUAACAGUAUAUUCUUUUUUUCUUUGAAUACCUUUUUUUAAAAAAAGAUUGAAUAUCCUUUGAAUUUCUCAUUUAUCAACUUAACUCUAAUCAACUUUAUACCCUCAAAAUUUCCCACACACAUUUUUUUUUCAAUAGACCGUCAUUUCCUCUGACAAUGUGGGAGUUGAUCUGUCCUUUUUUUUUAAAUGAAUGUGAUGAUGAACAGUUCCUUGUUUGAUGAUAAACAGUUUAUUAGGUGUACCUUUUUUUUUUUUUUCUCCUUAUUUUGGGAUAGAGUUAUUUAUCAGAUCUAAGGUCACAAGUCGAGGUCAUUACUCAAUCUCACGGCGUUUGCGUGAAGUGGGAAAAGGGAGCAGUCAAUUAUGACAAUAAUAAUUAAAUAAAUAACUGUACGAAGAGAGAUGAGGAGAAGUGCCGGCACAAGCGACAGAGACAUAGGAAGCAAAUUUCCCACUAAAAUAAUAAUAAUAAUAAUAAUAAUAAUGAUAAGAUGGAAAAGAAACAAGAAGGUAGAAAAAAACAGUAAAGACUAAAGACCAAGUCUUGUACAUACGUACAAAUGGUUAAUCUCAGCCUUUCAAAAACUAGGUUUCUUAUCUUAUGGUGUAAUCUUUGUGGGCAAUAUUAGUACCACUUGGCAUAUUGAAUUUUGGCCUGUUCUUGAAAGGAUUACUCGUCUUGUUAUUAUUAUGAUAAUAAUAACUCAAAACGUCGCUAUUUGGUUGAGAUUGAUCAAUGGGACAUUUGGUAAGAAAGAAAAUGUGUUGUUGUUGUUGUUGGCUAUUUGUGAGCUGCUGCUUUGAAGUUUCCAAUCAAAUAAUUUCCAAACUGACAGUUUUUUUCCUCAUCCAUCCCACCCUCCCCUCCUUGUUUCAAGGGCUUACAUAUGUAUCAUCAUGUGGCCCAACUCUAUUCCUUAAUUUGCACACAUUUGUCUAGUGUGCCAUCUACAUUUUCCUGUUGUUUUGGGGGUUUUUAAUAUUAGUUUGGUUGUUUGCGGAUAUAAAGUGGUUGUAUUAUAAAUAUGUCAUUUGGCAGCUUAAAAAAAGUUACUUACUUUCAAUCUCUCGAAGCAUAUCCUUAAAAAUAUGAAUGGUAACGAGCGAAAUUACCUUAGAGACAUUUUGUUUACAAUUGGUUAGCAAUUGUAAGAGAUGUCACUUAGGAUUUUUUUUUCCUUUUCAAUUACUUUUUUCAAAUUUUUAAUUAAUAUAAAGUAGUAAUAAAUUUGAAUAAGUUGCACUUAUAAAAAUUACUUAUUGAUUUUAGAGAUGUAGGGGUUGAAAAUUAUUGAAUGAGAUACUUGCUUAAUUAUUGACGUGGCAAUAAAAAUAUGGACAUGGAGAUGAUGUAAGUCCCUCAACCAAGGUUCAUUUUGAAAUGGACAUUCUCAACUCAUUGGUUGCCCACAUUCCAGUCCAUAGUCCACAACUCAACGGGUUUAAGGAAGGCCUGAAGCCCAUUGUCGCUGACCCAAACGUCAACCCAGAUACAGUUAAGAAAGCCCAAGUAACCCACGACUUCUACAGCAGCCCAGUGGCCUUUCCUUUUCAGCAAAAGAGAAGCCCAAACCGGUUGCUUGUUAGGAAAGCUCCUGCUUCCCCAACGCAGUGCAUUAUCAUGAUUCAUGACCGACGUUCACACGACACGGAUCAGAUAGCGCUUUAUGAAAAGAAAGGGCAACUGUGGCAGCUCGGUGGGGAGGGCUCUUGCUUUUUCAGUCUUUCAGCAGGACACGUGAUGGCCAACGUGUUUAUCUGAUUAUUGUGCAUCCAAUGAGUACAUUCUUAUAUUCUUAUAUAUGAUUUGUGAGCACCAUAAUCCGAUUUCAGUUUUAUAUUCGUUUUCUAAAAUUCGCUCAAUGCUAAGAUAGUAAAGAUAAGUGAGGUUUUGAAAUCGUAUCGAUAAUACUGUUAUCAAGUUGUUAUGAGUUGUGACGAUUGUAAAAGAUCAUCAACAUCUAGAAACUUACUGUAAAAAAAAAAACAUCUAGAAACUACAUAAUAGGCAUUCCAAUGAUCGUGAAUCACGUUAGAACGUCUUAACGCCCAUGAGCGUUAGAGCUGUGGAUGGAUUCAAAGUUAGAAGCCGCGUGCAAGCGUACUUGUACAGAUUUCUUUGAUUGGAAAUUUCUUUUUGUUAGCAUUAUAACUAAGCCGACAAUGAACGUUUUUAUUAUCCUCACAUGCCCAUAUGCCCGUGUCGAUUACGCCUAGACCCACUCUCUUGCGUGUACUGUACAUCCAAACAAUAGAGCCAAACACACCUCAAAUCACCAUUACAUUACAUUCCAUUACAACAGUCAACAACAACUCCAUCAACCACUUCACCCUCCAUCUAUAUUUUAGCUCUUCAACUUCAUCUAUCAAAAUAUAUUUCAAAAUUCAAUUUGAGUUAUCAUUUAUAAAUAGAUAAACAAUUU